UGGAUGCGGCGUGAGUCGUGCAGUGUGGCUGAUUGUCUAUCCGAGUGUUUCAUGAGUUCUGUGUUAUCAAACUUCAGAAUAGCGUUUUCAGAAUGUAUGAGAGACUCCUGCCAGCCUCUCCGAACUGGUAUUUGUCGCGAUGUAGUGAUAUAAACAGCAACGGGGUGUUUGGGUUUGGUGCUAAAAACACUGUUUAUCUCAUGACUGUGACUCCAUCGUGGCCAGUGCUCGUGGGUGAGCUGACAGGACACAAAGAGAGGGUUUCUGGCUUCUCCUUCUGCCACCAUCCUGGCCUGGAGAACCUGUGUUCCAGCUCCUCAGAUGAUGGAACGGUAAAGAUCUGGGAUAUUGAGCAGAAAGUCGUCCUGAAAGAGCACAGAGCUCACCAGAGCACAAUCACUGCACUCCACUGGGCCCCAGCGGAGAAGGACCUGGUGGUUUCGGGUGACGAGAAGGGUAUCGUCGUCUGCUACUGGCAGAACCACGGUGAGACCCAGAGCUUCUUCCCUGAGCCAAGAAGCAUCUUCUGCCUGUCCUGCUCCCCUCACAGCGGAAACUAUGUGGCAGUGGGGUACAAAGACGGGAUGAUCGUAGUAAUUGACAUCACUAAGAAGGACGAGGUGGUUCAUCGCCUGCGAGGCCACGAUGAUGAGAUUCAUGCCCUCUCCUGGUGCCCUCAGCCCGGCGAGGACUUGUUUCCUAGUCAUCCAGAGGAAGGCUCAGAGGCAAACAGUGGAGCUCUGGCAGGCAUCAAGAAGGGGUGUUACUUGGCCUCCGGGAGCAAGGACCUGACAGUGCGGAUCUGGAGCACAGCCAGGGGCAGAGGUGUGAUGACCCUCAAGCUUCCCAACCUAAAGAGAAGAUCGACUGGAAUGGACCCCAGCCUCAAGGAGAAGCUCUGGCUCACGGUGCACUGGCCAAAAGGAAGGCCUUCACAUGUCUUGUCCAGUUGCUUUGGCGGAGAGCUAAUUAUGUGGGACCUUGACAAGACGGGCAAACAAAAGUGGAGCCUCCUGGGCAGCAGCCCUGGGAGCCAGACUCACAGUCGCAUCGUGUUCAACGUGAGCUCCGUGCAUUUAGGGGAGGAGCAGGAGUUCCUCAUCAGCACCUCACUGGACAGGGAGAUUAAAUGCUGGGACCUGUUGACCCUGGAGUGCUGCUGGACACUGCCCACGCUGGGGGGCUACGUGUACAAGAUGAGCUUCUCCCCCGUGGGAGUGGGAUACCUUGCCCUGGGCAUCGGGGACAACAUGAUCCGUGUGUGGAACACCGUAUCUGUCAGCAACAAGUAUGACUCCAAGAGCUUCUGGCAGGGCGUCAAAUCCAAAGUGACCGCACUGUCCUGGCAUCCGACCAAAGAAGGAUCACUGGCCUUUGGUACAGAUGAUGGCAAGGUUGGGAUUUAUGAAGUUUUCUCCAGCAAGCCACCUCAGAUAUCCAGCACUUACCACCGGAAGACUGUGUAUUCGUUGGCCUGGGGGCCCCCGGUGCCCCCUGUGUUUGGAGCCGAAGAUCCACCGCCCUUCACCCUCUACAGCUGUGCUGGGGAAGGACUCAUCUUCCAGCACAACCCCUGUAAGCUGUCCACUGACGCAACCGAUAUCGACAAGCUCAUCCGCUCCACAAACAGCAUAAAGCACAAGCUGUCACUGCACAGCGAUCUGAGCUGGAAGCCGGAUGGCAGAGCGCUCGCCAUCGGGAACGAGGACGGGUCCAUCGAUGUGUUCCUGGCACCGGAGCUGAAGCUGCUCUGCACCAUCCAGCAGCACCACAAGAUAAUCAACACGCUGCACUGGCACCAUGAGCACAGCACCUGCCCAGAGGUUUCGUACCUCCUUGCCUCGGGUUCCAGCAAUGCGAUUGUUUACGUGCAUGACCUCCGCAGCAUCAUAGAGUCCCCCCCAGAGAGCCCGGUCUUGAUGACGGAGGCAUUCCGCAGUCUAGCAGGACACACUGCCAAAAUCACGGGUCUCUCCUGGAGCCCACACCACGAUGGACGGCUUGUAACUGCCUGCUAUGAUGGGACAGCACAGGUGUGGGACGUGUUGACCGAAGAGGCUGUGUGUAACUACAGGGGCCACCAGGGCCGCCUGCUGUGCGUGCAGUGGUCCCCCGUGGACCCGGAUCUGGUCUGGACUGGAGGAGAUGACUUCACUGUGCAGGAAUGGGCCGUGUCCAAGCAGGAACAUGCCAAACCACCCCGAGGGAAGAAGAGUGUGGAACUAGAGAAGAAGAGGGCCUUUCAGUCAAAGAGCAAAGCAAAGAAGAAGAACAAGAGUGUUGGUAAAGGGGAGAUGAGGGUGGAGGAGUGUGGUGUGCCACAUGGAGAGGAGCGAUGCUGGAAUACCGUAGGUGUCGAGGAAGGCUUGUCGGACAAAGAGGAGGAGGCCAUGAGUGAAGGGACCAGCACCUUUCCCCCGACUGUUUUGUUGCAGCAGUCUAACAACCAGACGGAAAGAGUUGUCCCUGAGAAGUUACAGAAUGGCAUCAAGUCCCUUUCCGUCUCAAAGAAGGAGAUCAAGGAAGAGAAACGACGUGAGAGACCAGAGAUGGGUGUGAAGAAGAGGAAGGCUCGCUCCAUCUUCCAACUCAGCAUCUCCAUGGACCACAGGUCAAAGGAGGAGCUCCAGGAGGACUGCUUGACCCUUGCAACACUCAGGCAUUCUGAGUCAACCAUGCAGAGUCAGUGUGUACCAGGAUCUGGAAAACAUAUCCAGCUUGGCCUGUUCACAGACAGGGCUGCACUGUACAGGAUGCUGGAGGAGGAAGGGCAGAACCACAUCGAGGAGGGUUACUUUGAGUCUGCUGUUUACCUCUUAUUGUGGAAAGGAGACAUUGCUGGGGCAUUACAGAUGGCCACAGACAAAGGGGAGUUGACUGAUCAUUUGGUCUCCAUGGCACCCAUGGCUGGUUACCAGGUGUGGGUCAGGACUGUGGAGGCCUUUGUGAAACAGCUGUGCAUCCAGGAGCAGUUCCUCAAGGCCUCCUCAUACCUUCUCUCCCUCCACAGAGUCUAUGAAGCAGUUGAACUUCUCAAGUCUCACCAGCUGUUUAGGGAGGCCAUAGCGCUGGCUAAAGCUCGUCUCCAGCCAGAGGACCCUGUUCUCGGAGAACUGUACACGAGCUGGGCGGCUCUGCUGGCAAAGGACGGACAUUACGCCACCGCCGCUAGGUGCUACUUAGCAGCAGACUCCUCGUUUGACGCUGCCAAGGUAAUCGCUAAGAAAGGUGACGUGGCUUCACUGAAGACUGCUGCCGAGCUGGCAAGGAUCGCAGGUGAAGAAGACUUGUCUCAUUCACUCUCCUUGAGAUGCGCGAAAGAUCUGCUGUCUGCUCUGGAUUGGCUGGGAGCGCAGGAAGUACUGAGAACACAGGAAAGCUUGUUGGGCCAUCGAUUAUUAUUCUGCACCAAUGAAUUGCUUGUCUCCAGGGUGACAGAAACCAAUGGUAUCACUCAGAGCUCCACAUCCAGCCACAGCUGGUCCAAACCUUGUGAAGGAGACUUCCUCAACACCCUUAAGGCAGUGUGGGAGCGAGAGUUUGGAGUCUCAGAUGGGGAUGUGGAAAAGAUCCAGGCAGCCCACAAACAGCUCAAGGCUGUUGAAAAUCCCUCUGUUACCUUCAAUGUCUCCAUCAAACAGCUCUUGUCACAGGUGUCUCUCAAUGUGACACUCUGCCUGUUGAGCUGGUUGCUGGGAGACUGGGGGGCAGGGCUGGAGGAGUUACUUGGGGGUGUGGCCAGAUGCAAGGAGGCGGGGCAGUUCUCAUUGAUGUCGGAGGUCUGUGGCAUGCUCUUUCCUCAAGGUGCCAGUUCGGUCUCGCAGUACAAGGAGAAGCUGGACCCUCGAGACGAGAGGAGCCUAACUGUCGCUCUGGGUCUCCAAGCCUUCCUGAGUUACUUGGGGCUUUAUGAACUAUGGUGGAACAGCAAUGACGUUCCCUUAACCUCCGAAGAGGGUGGCUCCAGGGAACCAGCUCUCCUGGCCACCUACGGGGUCCUCCUGUCCGAGGUACAUGUGUCCUUCCAGGCCACGCAGAGAGCGAUAGCAGAGAUUCAGAGGAGGCUCUCUGAAUUGGUCAAGCAGCAUGCCCGAACCCAGGAGUCCCAGGCCGACGCAGGCGAGUCACCAUGUCCAGAAGUCCCAGCGCCUUCUGAAGCUGCGGAGGGGAAUGACUCUGAAUCGUUGCCCUCCCUGAUUGCCAUGGUUUCUGAGCAUCAUAAAGAACUGGCUAAUAUUCCUGAACAUAUAAAAAAAACUCCAUUCCCAGAUGUGAUUGAGUGUUGUCUCGUCAUCCUGCACGUGGAUGCAAUCUCGCCGGCUCCACCAGAGCUUAGGAACCAGGCUGUACAGCUGUUGAGGAAGUACGGAGCAGUGUCACAUUGCAGAGCCUCCCAACGUUUCCUUAGCGAUACACAUUAAUAAUGGCUUUUUUAUUGGCACGCUGUGAAGUA